AUGGCCGAGGUGACUCCUCAGAAACGGGUUCUGCCCGCCCGUGACAGACGAGACCUGGUCUCGAAACGAAGAGUGUCCUCACCUGCGCGACCUUCUGCUCCUGUAUCCGCGUCCACUCCCACUCCGCGCAGACAACCCUCCGCUGUCGCCUCAGAACCCCGCCAGAAGCGACCGUACAAGAAAAGAGCCAGUAUCGUUCGAGUUCAGACUCCAGUCUCGGUUUCGCGCUCAUCUCCCUCGAUCUCCGUCGCGGAAGAUGCCUUACCCUCUCGCAUUGAUGCGAACCAGCCGCUCCCUACGGCAAAACAGAAACAACCCUCCGGUCUGUCUGUGCAUGAAUAUCAAUCGAUUGCAGAGAGCGCAGUCCUUGCCGCAUCCCUACACCGUUCUCGUAUGCAGUGGCUUUACCAUGGGAUCUUUCAAAAAUACUGGGUCAAACCUGUCAAGCGGAAGGGUGUGAUCGAGGCUCCCCCAAACAACCCCGAUGCUAAAACGAUGCAAAGGCUGGGUGCUGCAACUAUGACGAUUGAGCCUCACACAUUUGAUGUGAUUUUCUACACUGUUCGCGAUCCGGCGGCUCCUCCGCCAUUCCCACGCCAUGCAAAUCAACAUACCCUCAAGCACAUGGCUCCUCCGCCUCCACCGCCACCGUCUGCUUCUCCCUAUACCAGUUAUCCUCCUGUUGCUCCGUAUAACCAGGCUCAACGACCGCAUCCACCUCCAUCUUCUGUGUCACCAUCGCCAUCCACGUCAGCUGCGCAUCCAGCCUUCAAUCCUCCGGCCCCGCUUACAGAUACUCCGCCCUCGGCAGCUCCGUCCCCUUCCCAUACGGGGCCUCCUCCGAUCCAGUUCAAACAAGAGAAGGAGUCAAGACCUAGUCCUGCUGCGUUCCCAUCACACACCCCGCCAGCCCAACCCCCACAUGAACAAUCUCAGACGCCGCGUUCGGACUCAAAGCCCAAUCCACCUUCAGGAGGGAGAAGCAGCACGACAGAUCCAGUUAUACAAAUGCUGGCCGCACGAGCAGCGUCUGAUCCUCAGUUGAAGGAGCUGAUGAAGAUUGUGGCAACUUCAAUGGCUUCACCUGAACAAUUAAAAGAGUUUCAGGCUCACAUCGACGAAUUUAAUGAAGUAAUCCGGCGGCAGGAGGUAGAGCGGCUUUCCAAAAGCGAACCGCGGCCACCAAGCCAGCCGCCGUCAAAACCGACGGUUGCAGAACCCCCAAGGCAACCGCCCUUGGAGCCCCAACCUACUGCCUCGAGUCCUGCACCUCCAGGACUGCCGUCAAAUCCCUCUCCUGCAGCAGCACCCGGGCGAUCAUCGACGUACAAUCCUCUACCAUCACAGCCACGUCAGCAUUCGAACAAUGCUCCCCGUGGUCCUCCUCCAGGUCCACCAGUCGGAUCUAACACAUUACCAGGAGUGAUGCACACAUUUCCACAUGCGCCUCCACCAGUUGGGCGUGGAGCCCCAAUGGGAAGCUACAUUGGGUACCAUCCUCAGCCGCCGCCGCCACCACCACCACCUCCCUCAGCUCGACCCGAGCCCUUCAUCAAGCACAUUGUCAUGGAGAUUACCAGUGUACCGUCUGGGAAUCAGGCCGCGUGUUCGGAUAGAUGGCUCUUUCCCGAGUAUGCCGUCUUGGAAAUACGUCCAGGUGGUUUAGAGAUGGUUUGCUCGUGGUUAGUGGAACGCAAGGGGUCCGAGAUCACAGCGAGCGGCGAGCCUGCGAGAGAAAAGAGCGAGAUUGAAGACAAGUGGCUAGCGGAGCAAGAGUAUUAUCAGCCAGUGACCAUGAGCAUCAAGGCACUGAAUCACCGGACGAUAGAGACGAUCGCCAAAGCAGCGAAGAUCUUGCCGGUCGUGCAGGAACACAUGAAGGAAGUAAUGAGUAAAAAACAACGGGCGCCGGUGGAGUUUCUGGUGCACCAGCUGCCACGCGAAAGGGCCCAUGUGGGUGCAGACAGCACCGAGCCUGGGUUUGCGGAUAGCGGCGUGGACCUUGGCAGUGAUUCAGCAUCUGAAGACGACGAAUUGAAGGAUGUCUACGGAAUAUGA